ACACUUUCUUCCACCACAAAUCUGACUUCCGUGAAAUUUUUGCUCUGUUAAUUAAUCUCUUUAAACCCCCAAUUCGACAAUUCUGAUGCAGUACUAACGCCAGGAGAUGCUUGAAUUUUUAGAUGGAAUGUGGUUGAGGAAUUUGGUGUUUCAAUUGGGAUGGGAUAAUGAGGCUUUGGUUUGGUUCAUGGAUGAUGAUGGGUGUGUGGUUGUAAUGUGGACAGGAAGGAAGCAGCGGCAGUUAACAGCAGGAGCCGAAGCAGGAGCAGGAGCAGAAGCCCACUGGAUCGUAAGAUCCGUUCUGAUCGCUUUUCCUACCGUAAUGCACCUUACCGGAGGGAUUCACGUCGGGGUUUCAGUUGUUUGGAUUUUGCUUGUGGUUCAUGAAGAGCAGCAUAUAUGUUGCUUGACUGUUUUGUUGCAUGAAGUUCAUGUUGGUUCUGGAUUUGCUUUUUCUCACCAAAGCAAUCUGUGUAAGAAUUGCAAACGGCCAGGUCACUUUGCUAGAGAGUGCCCCAAUGUUGGAAUCUGUCAUAAUUGUGGCCUCCCUGGGCACAUUGCAUCAGAAUGUACCACAAAAUCACUUUGCUGGAACUGUCGUGAACCUGGGCACACAGCCAGCAGCUGUCCAAAUGAGGGAAUUUGCCACACCUGUGGCAAGGCUGGACAUCGUGCUAGGGACUGCACAGCUCCACCAAUGCCCCCUGGCGAUUUGAGAUUAUGCAAUAACUGCUAUAAGCAAGGCCAUAUUGCAGCUGACUGUACGAAUGAGAAGGCAUGCAACAACUGUAGGAGGCCAGGUCACCUGGCACGCGAUUGCACAAAUGAUCCCAUCUGUAACUUGUGCAAUGUAGCUGGGCACGUGGCUAGACAGUGCCCCAAAGCAAACAUUCUAGGAGAUCGGGGUGGCAUUCGAGGUGCUGGUAGUGGAUAUCGAGACCACCGAGACAUUGUAUGCCGAAACUGUCAUCAGCUCGGACAUAUGAGCAGGGAGUGCAUGGGUCCCCUAAUGAUCUGCCACAACUGUGGUGGACGAGGACACAUGGCAUUUGAAUGUCCUUCUGGGAGGUACAUGGACCGAUAUCCACGAAGGUACUGAAGUGUAAUAAUUUGUCUCGGUGGUAACUCCUCUUUGUAUUCUGUUUUACUCAGACAUAACAUAAGUUGCUUAUUAUUUUUUUUUUUUCCCACAGACGUUAGUUGCUUAUACGGCUUUUAGACAGAUAGAUGAUCUGAAACUUGAUAGUCUUUUGUAUUUUCAUUUAAGACUCCAGGUCGAGGUGGGGGUGUUAGCUUGCUAAUUUUGUUGUUGAGCAUUAAUUAUUCUAGUACGACUUAGUUAUUAGUAUGUGUCGCCGGGCGUAAAUUUGUAAUAAAAUUUGCUAUUAUUG